AUGUUUCCUUGGCUCAAACCUGAAAAUGAAAAUUACGGAUAGAAUUUGAAAUAAAAAGCAGAAUAUAGAUAGAAUGAUGGCCUAGGAAAUUAUGCAAGAUAUGCGAAUAGAUAAAAUUAAUCAGAAUAGGAUUUGCUGAGAGCUCAAAAAAAUUAACUUGCAAGAUAAGAGUCUACAGAAGAAAGAAGAAAUGAUGAAAAGGAGGUAAAUGCUUAUAAUCACUCAAGAAGUGAAAAUAAGCUGAACUAAGAAAAAUAUAAUCCAUUCUAUGACAACUAAUUGUCUCAUAACUUAAAAUUAAAUAGUAGAUCUGGGCGGACUCGUUUUGAUGGAAGGAACUCAUAAACUCCAAAAAGUCCUAAAGAAAAUGUAUUAGCCUUUGAUUAAGAUUAUAAACAUUAAGUAAUAGAAAAGAAUAAAUAAGAUUACAAAAAUUAUUACAGGGACAAUGUUAGUGAAUUUUAAAAAAAGUAAUAAGGAGCUUCAAUAAAAUCAUUAGAAGAUAAGAAAUCAAUAUUAUAAUUUUAGUAUGGCAAAGAUAAUACUGGAUUGCAUUAAAGGAUGUCUGAAAAUGCCAGAACAUCUGUUUCACCUUAAUAAAAAUAAAAGGAUUAUGCCGAAACGUUAAAAAAGCAAAUUGAAGAAAAGAAAGAAUAUGAAAAGAAUAGACAGAGAAAAGAAAAUGAGUUAGAUUUUUAAAAUAAUAACUUUUAUUAUGGAGAUUAUUAAUAAAGACAAUCUCCUAACAAAUUUUAAUAAUAAUAAUAAUUAGCAUAAAAUUACUAAAACUAAGCAAUAGAAAGUAAGAAAUAAUAGAAUAGGAAAAAUGUAGGAUUUGAAGACUAAAAAAAUGAUAACUAUGAUAAAUAAAACUAUAAGAGCGAAGUAGAUUAUGAAGCUUUAGCAAGAGCUAAUAAUUAUAGAGAGUCUUAUAAUUCACCUCAAGAAACUAGCAAAGCUAGAAGAUAGUCAAAUGGUGAUAACUAAAUUUACAGAAACGAGCAAUAUGAGGAAUAACCUCAAAACAUGCAAGAAAAUAGGAGAUAAAGCAAGUAGAAGGCCAAUUUCGAAAAUGAUUAAAGAAUUAAUAAUAAAAGAAAGUGGGAUGACGAAGAAUAGAAAAAUAUAAUUGGACAAAUUUAUGAUAAUGAAUCUAGAGAAUAAUAACUUAAAAAGUAAAGAGAAUAUCAGUAUUAUAAAUAAUUAGAGGAGGAAAUCGCUUUAAAAAAAGGUAGAAGAGUUAGUAACUAAGCUUCAAGAAAUUAGAAUGAGAAAUCAAUGCUAGAUUAAUUAGGUGAGAACUAUAAUCGCUAACUCGAAUUGUAACAACUCCACAAGGCUGAAGUAGCAAAUGAGUUAUAAUAGUAAAUUAAAGAAAAGAAGAGAUUGUAGAGAAUUGAGAAGGAAAAACAAGAUCUACUAGAUAGAUAAUAUGAGGAAAAGGUAAAAGCAUAGUUGAACGAGCUUAAAGCAAAAUAUGAAAUAGAAAAAGAAGGAAAACAACAUGAGAUUAAAUCGCUUAGAAAAAAUUUAGAGAAAAAAAAGUAGGAAUAACUUUAAAAGCAGGGAGAAAUGGUGCUUUCUAAAUCCAAAUCUCCUCCUAAAAACAAAGUUGAGAAUUCUCCAAGAGUAUAAAAUAAAUAUGAUGAGAGUUUUUCGCACAAUUAAUAUUCUGACAAAAACCUGGAUAAUUACCCUUUAGAACGUAAUUCAGUAUAACAAGAAGAAGAUAAUAUGUAAUAUGGCAGAAAUAAAUUUAAUGAUAUUACUGAAGAGCAUGAAAAGAAAAAAGCUCAUGAUAUUCAUUAAUAAGCAAGAGAUAUAAGGUAAUAAAAGAGACAUGAAGAUAGAGAAAAAUUAAGAGACUCAUUAUUUGAUAAGCAAAGUUAAUAUUACUAGAGUAUGGAAGUGAAUAAAGAGUGGAAUCCACCUUAGUUUUGGUAAUAUAAAGAAAGGAAGAACAUGGAAGAGCUAACAAAGCUUAAAGAGUAGUUAGAUAUGUAAACAAGCCUACUAUAAAAUGAAGUUACUAAAAUAAAGCAAGAUGCUUAAAUAGCUAGUGAAAUGAAGAGUUAAGCAUUUAUUGAUUUAGAAAAUCUAAAAGACUCUCUAAAAAGAUAAAAUAUGAUUGAGAAUAUAAAGUUGAAAGAGUUAAAGCAAAAUCUUGGUAGUUUAGGUUACGUUUAAAAUGAAUUUCUCCCUUCCUCAUCUUAAUUGUAAGGUUAGUAUGCUAGUGGUAAUCAGAACUAUGCUGCUAACAAUAUUUUUUAGAAUCAAUAACAAUUAAAUUAGGGGUCAACGAGAAAUAUAAACUACAAUUAAUUAAACCAAUCUGCAUUUUCAUAAAAUUUUAAUAAUUCACAAUUAGGAUUAAGCAAUCUUUAUGGUAAUAACAGCUUUAAUAAUAAUUUGAGCACAAAUAAAUACGGAUUAUAGCAAACUGACAUUCUAGAUAAAUUAGUUUCAUCAAAUGUUAAUGUAUACAAAUUUGAAGGUUCAAAAAUCAACAAUAAGCCAACUACUCUAGACUUCAAGCUAGAAAAGAGAUUGAAUAAUGUGAAUUUAAAUAAGGCGGAAAUAUAGCUCUUAGAAGUGGAUAAUUUAUUGAACAAUCUCAGAAAUGGCCUUUGA